GGAAAAGCCUCUUCCCCCUCAGCGAAGAACACCACCCCGCUCCUCGGGGAGCCUUCAGACAACGCGAAAUUAUUCAGGAUCGCUCUGUCCGGGGAGAACCGGGGGUGUUUAUUUUCGCUGCCGCAGCCCCCACUCCCGCACCCUUCCCCUCAGCUUUGCGGGACCCGCUCGGCGCUUCCCUCCCUUGAGGGAGAACGCGGGGCGGAGCCCGCGCAACAUGGCGGACUACGAGGCGGUGCAGCGCGGGCCGCUGCGGCUGAAGGGCAGCGGAGGGGCCCUGGGGGCCGGCAAGCGGAAGAAGAAGAAGGCGAAGGAGAAGGCGCAGAUCGUGGAGCAGAUCGUGAGCAGCAAGAAGCAGGAGGAGGAGAAGAAGCGAGGGUUGGAUAAGAGGACCCCGGCGCAGGUGGCUUAUGAGAAGAUGCAGGAGAAGCGGCAAAUGGAGAGGAUCCUGAAGAAAGCGUCCAAGACCCAUAAGCAGAGAGUGGAGGACUUCAACAGGCACUUGGAUACUCUGACAGAGCAUUACGACAUUCCUAAAGUCAGCUGGACAAAGUGAAGGGACUGCUUUCCAAAGCUUUGGAUCCGGUGUUGUGUUUUGUUUGUACUGAGCAGGGUUGCCAUGUGAAUCCCUGCAUUCCCCAUGCUGAUUAUUUAAUAUAUCUUCCGAAAGUGUAUGGCUUUGCCCUGUCUUAUGUCAUGGUUUGGUUUUCCAAGCCCAAAUACUCCACAAAGCCUCUUCUUGGCUCAUGAACUCUGACUUAUGUAGAUGCAGAGGGCUGGGGUUUUUUUUAGUGCUUAAAGCACAAUUAAAGCCAAAAUCAAUCGC